AAUGGUGCUGGCCAUCAUCUCCGUUUUCUUCAUACUCGUCUCUACAGUCGCCUUGACCCUGAACACAAUACCGCAAUUUCAAGUAAAAGACGAAAGCGCUCAAACUACAUCAUCGCCAUUUAAUGUGACAACGAAACCUGCAAACAACACUUACAAGGAAAAAUGUAUAGAGCAUCCCAGCUUCUUUACGAUCGAAGCAAUUUGCAUAGCUUGGUUUACACUUGAAUACGUUCUGAGGUUCUGGGCGUCGCCCAACAAGUGGAAAUUCUUUAAAGGACCGCUUAACAUUAUCGAUCUACUAGCAAUUUUACCAUUUUACAUUUCACUCGGACUAGUUGAAUCAAACAAGUCGACAGAGCAGUUCCACAACGUCAGACGUGUAGUGCAAAUUUUUAGAAUUAUGAGAAUAUUACGAAUAUUAAAGCUAGCUAGACACUCAACUGGCCUACAAUCGUUAGGAUACACAUUACAGCGUAGCUAUAAAGAGCUAGGUUUAUUGAUGAUGUUUCUAGCGAUUGGGGUGUUAGUUUUCUCAAGUUUAGCUUACUUUGCUGAGAAGGACGAGGUUGGAUCGAAGUUCCGUAGCAUACCAGAGACAUUUUGGUGGGCAGCUAUUACAAUGACAACCGUCGGCUACGGCGAUAUUUAUCCAAAGACAUUUUUCGGAAAACUUAUAGGGGGUGUGUGCUGCAUUUGCGGUGUAUUGGUUAUAGCUCUACCCAUUCCCAUCAUUGUCAACAACUUUGCAGAAUUUUACAAAGAUCAGAUGAGACGCGAAAAGGCGUUGAAAAGGCGAGAAGCGUUGGAAAGAGCUAAGCGUAAUGGUUCAAUUGUCUCGUUUCAUUCAGUAAAUUUGAGAGAUGCCUUAGCUCGAAGUGCCGAAAUGCUGGACGAUAGGAAACCUUCCAAGCAAAAUAGCGUACAAUUAUCAGUUCCGCUCAUGAGACAGGCCAAAGACUGCGUUAGUCUUCCAGGAGAGACGUUCGAUCAAAGUCAACACAACCUAUUGGAAGUAGAUCAAGAAUCGCUUAGAAGAAUGACUUGCUCCCAGCCCAUGCUUUCUCAGAUCGACUAUUCUAAACCGUUUUUUCUAAAUGGUUCUAGAGGCUACGCUAAUGGCCGCUUAGGACUAUCUCUCUUAUCAACACUUCAACAAUUUACUAACCGUACAAUGUGUAUAAAUAUCGAUUCACCCUUCCAAACUACUUCCCUUGACGAAGUGGCUGAACCAAAUAGAGAGGCUUUUAGAAGCACUUCCGUCGGAAAUUUAACUGGCCAGUUAAAAUCUGCACUUAAACAUCAUCAUACAUCGCCUGUCCCGGUCAAAGGUCGACCCAGAUUUGCGGAAAAAGUAAGAUAUAUUAGUCAACGGGUUGUCUUUUGUAAGUGA